AUGUGGUACCCAUACGACACCACAAAAUCUCCCGCCUUUGAGUUGACGUACAUCCACCAAGUAGUGGCACUGCUCAUCGCUGCCUACCUGAACGUAGCCAAGGACACGCUGGUGGCGGCCCUCAUCGCCCAGUGCCGGUGCCGGCUCCGACUCCUGGGACAUGCCUUGAGGAGUUUGGAGGAGGGAUUGGAAAUUACGGAAAAGCCCGUGCUCUCUCAAGAUCAGGAGCACAUAGUGCAGUCCCGUCUUGCCACAUGCGUCACACACCAUCAGCAGGCGCUGGCAGCCUCGCGGGAGCUGCAGCAGUGCUUCUCCGAGCCCACCUUCGCGCAGUUCAUAGUCUCACUCAUCAUCAUCUGUGCAACUGCUUUUCAGAUGUCGACGAUGCAAUCGGAGAACAUAGUACGCCUGAUGUCGAUGGGCACCUAUCUGCUGAACAUGAUAUUCCAAGUGUUUAUCUACUGUUACCAAGGCAACCAACUGUCAGUCGAAAUCACUUAA